CCAGCAGGAGCUCAUGCAUUUUUACUUUGUAGAAGUCCUUGACCGCUUCACUCGCUCAUUCUUGGAAUAGAUUUGGUAAUGACUUUUGAAGACCUCAGGAGCACGACCGUGAAGGAUCAACCUGAUCAGAAGCCAAAUGGAGAAAAAGCUAAAGGUCUUCAUCAUCUUUCCUCUCGGAGGUGGUGCCCUGUGGCUGUGACUCUGGGGACCCUGUGCCUGGGAUUGCUGGUGACCGUUAUAAUGCUGAUAAUACAAUUAUCCCAGGUGACUGAUCUUCUAAAGCAACAGCAAGCAAACUUUACUCACCAGGAAGAUAUCCUGGAGGGACAGAUUUCAGCCCAGCGCCAGGCACAAAAAUCCUCCGAGGAGUCACAGAAGGAGCUCAGAGAAAUGAUAGAAAUCCUUGCCCAUAAGCUGGAUGAAAAAUCCCAGAAACUAACGGAACUUCAACAACGGAAAAUGAAUCUCCAAGAAGCUCUAAAACAGGCAGCAAACUUUUCAGGUCCUUGUCCCCAGCACUGGCUCUGGCAUGAAGAAAACUGUUACCGAUUUUCCUCUGGCGCAUUUAAUUGGGAAAAAAGUCAGGAGAACUGCUUGUCUUUGGACGCCCAUUUGUUGAAGAUUAAUAACACAGGUGAUCUGGAAUUCAUCCAGCAAGCAACCGCCCAUUCCAGUUUCCCGUUCUGGAUGGGGCUGUCUCUGAGGAAACCCAGCAACUCGUGGCUCUGGGAGGACGGCUCUCCUCUGAUGCCCCACUUGUUUAGAAUCCAGGGAGCUUUUUCCCAGAUGUAUCCUUCAGGCACCUGUGCAUAUAUACAAAGGGGAAUUGUUUUUGCUGAAAACUGCAUAUUAACUGCAUUCAGCAUAUGUCAGAAGAAGGCGAAUCUAUUGAGAGCACAGUGAAUUUGAAGGCUCUGGAAGAAAAGGAGAAGAACUUUGAAUUCCCUUCUGGAAUUUAAGCUACACUUCGUCACUUCAGUGCAAACCAGGGGAGCCCUGAGAACUGUUGUUACUAGCUGAGGAACUGCUUAGCAGAGACUGGGGCUCCGGCUGCUUGACACCUUGAUGUAAAAAGUUUUCAUUCUGUUUCUUUCUAUGUUAGUUCACGUAUCUCGUCCCGAGCCUCCCUGCCAGCCUACACUGAAGUCCAUUUUCAUGUUUCUCUUGUUGUUUCUAAGAACUGUUGCUUAACUCAAGGUCACAAAAAUUUUCUCCUAUGUUUUCCCCUAGACAUUUUGUAGUUUCAGAUUUUAUAGAGAAAUCUAUAAUUUAUUUUGGGUUAAUUUGUAAGUCAUGUAUGGGUGUACGGAAGUUUUUAUUUUUUAUUUUUUCUGCCUAUGGACGUUUCUUGUUUCCACAACAUUUGCUGAAAAGUCUAUUCUUUUUUCACUACAUUGCCUUUGCACUUUCGUCAACAAUUGUCCAUACAUGGGUGGUUCCGUCUCUGGACCCUCUAUUCAGUUUUCCUUUGAUCUAUUCGUAUAUGUGUUGUUACAACACCAUCAUGCUAUUUUUGGGUUCUGUCGUUUUAUAAUAGAUCUUGAAAUCACGUAGUGGUAGUUCUUCAAUGUUGUUCUUUUUCAGUUAUUUUACUUAAUCUGUGUCUUUGUAUUUCCAUUUUGAUUUUUGAAUUUGCUUGUCAAUUUCUAAAAAAAAAUACCUUUUGAAACUUUGAAUGUGAUUGCACUGAAUCUAUAGAUAAACUGGGGGAAAACUGAAUUCCUAAAAAUACCGAUUUGUUCAACUUAUGAACAAGGUAUACAUCUCCAUUACUUUGAUGUUUCUUAUUUUCGUUAAGCAAUGUUUCAUAAUUUUCACUGCAGAGAUGUUUCCCAUGUUUUGUUAGAUUAUCAUCAUGUAUUUCACAUUUUCAUGCUACUGUAGACAAAUGUAAACAUUUGUAAUUUUUAUUUCCAAAGUCAUUUGCUAGUUUAUACAAUUAUAAUAAAGUGUUUUAUAUCAACCUUAUAUCCUGAACCUUGAUAAACUCACUUAUUUCUUCUAGUAAUUUUUAUUUUGUGUGUGUGUGGGUUUCACUGGACUUUCUACAUACUUAACCGUGUUGUCUACAAAUAAAAUUUUUUUUUCCUUCCUGGACGUU